AGCUCAAGCAGCCAUCUUGCUCCGCCCCCCGGAAACGUUCGGAAACGUCACCGAAGGAGAUUCAGAAUUUACUUUUUUUUUACUGAAGGCUGUUUAUCCUAGUUUAGCGGUUUAUCGAGUUAACCGUGCUACGAUGCUGCAUUUAAUAAGUUUAGCUGGUACAGGAAUUUAUUAUCUUAUAAAGAAGCGAAGAGAUGGAGAGAAAACAGCGGAGCAGACGGACACACCGGCCACCGAGGACCCAGUACAGACGGGCUCUCUGCUGGAUCCAGGCUUGAAGUGUGAUGAUGAAACACAGACUGACAGCGCUGUUCCUCAGGGGUCUGUGAGCGAGGCUGAGGAGAAGAGUCAGAAGGGGGAGGUGUCCAGUUCUCUGCUGGACAGUGAGAGGUCCAUCCUGGAGGAGCGAGUGAGGGAGCUGGAGGAACUGCUGUGUGAGGCAGAGCGAGAGCGUGAGAGAAAACACAAGGUCACUCCGGCUGAAUGUGAGGAGAAACACAAGCAGGCGACGGAGUCUGCUGAACAGAUGCAGAAGCAGGAUGCUGACCUGAAGUCCCAGGUGGACACACUGAAGGACACAGUGCAGGAGUUGGGCCUCCUGCUCACUGAAAAACACACAGAGUGCGCUGACACAACAAGGUUGUACGAGACAGAGCUAAACCUUCGCACGCGUGUGCAGUCCGAGUGCAAACAGAAGGAGGAGAUGUUUAAUCAGGAAACCAGAUCUCUGAGGGUUGCUCUGAAUGAAGCCGAGAGGAAAUACGAGCAGGUGAUGGAGUCCAAUGCUCAGCUGGAGAUCAAGAACUCCAGGCUGUGGUCUGAUGUGAGGUUAAUGCAAGAUGCCAUGCUGGAUGAAGAGCGCUCUCUGACCCGGAUACACUGUAAUGACAUGAAGACGGAGUGUGAGUUAAAGAAACGUGAGUUGAACAGCUUGCAGUCCAAGCAGAAUGAGAUGGAGGAAACGUCACUGAAGGAGUGUGAGAGAGAGAAGGAGGCUCACAGUGUCCUGAAGUGUGAUCAGAUGACUUCAACACAUCAUGAGGAGUUACUACAGGAGUGUGAGAGAGACGAGAAGCAUCACAGUGUCCUGAAGUGUGAUCAGAUGACUUCAACACAGGACAUGGAGUUACUACAGGUGUCUCACGCUGAAGCUGAGGGGAAAUUUGAGUACACUGCUCAGCUGGAAGAUGAGAACUCUGAGCUGAAGUCCCAGGUGAAGACACUGCAAGACGCAGUGCAGGGGCUGAGCAGUCUGCUCGCUGAGACACGCAGGAAGUGUGAAAAGGAAAAAGAGAAGCAUAAGGCAACGAAGAACAUCCUUCAGUUCGUGGAGACCAGGACCAGAAAACAGAAGAGAUUCCUAAUUCAGAAAAGAAAAUCCAUUCAGGAAUCUCUGGAUGAACUUGAAAGAAAAUAUACGCAGGCAAUGGAGAAAAUCGUUCAACUGAAGUAUAAAUACUUUCACGAGAGGGCUGAAGUGAACUUCUUGAAUGAAAGACUGAAUCAGAAGUCAGACGAACUGGCUAUGACCCACAGGACGUUAAAGCAGACAACAUGGGAGUUGGAGCAAAAAACUCGCCAGCUCAUGCAGUUAGACUCCAAAUGGAAACGUCUUAAUGAAACUGUGAUAAAGGAUCAUGAGGUUCAGUGUGUCGCUCACGGACUCCUGAAGGUGCAGUACAGUGAGAUGAAGCAACAACACGACAAGUUACAAGAGGAUAAUGAGCGGUUGAGGGAGGCUUACAGCACCCUGGAGUCACAGUAUGAAGAAUUAAAACAACGCCAUGGGUCACAAAUGGAGUGUGAGCGAGAGCAGGAGGCUCACCAUGUCCUGAAUGUGCAGUGCCAUGAGAUGAAGGAAUCUUCAUCACACACUGAGGAGUCAGUAAGGGUGAACAGACAGCAAAGCUCAGUGCAGCAGGAGGAGGAAAAGCUCACCAUGAAACGGAGGAAGUGUGAUGAGAGAAAGAGGGAGAGGAAGAGAGAGCGGGAGGAUUACAAUCUCCUGAAGGCACGGUGCCAACAGAUGGAGGAAACUUUACAAGAGUGUGAAGAGUUACUGAAGAUCCACUGCACAGAUCUUGGAUCCAAAGACCCUACGGUUCCCUGAAGCACAAGUAACUGUCGAGGGCUGUGUUUAACACCUGGAUAAACAAAGUCAUAUGAUGACGGUGUAAUAGUACUUACUAUAAACUAUUAAUGUGGGUGGAGGGGAGGACUCGGGUCAUUAAGGCCCAAGACAGAGCAGUCAGGUGUGGGUGGGUUUUGGGCUCCUGAGAGCUCGGCUAUAAGAGCCUGUAGCUCCAGGGUGGCCUGUAGCCUUCAGAGGGCACCUGAGCAUCGGCUCAGGUCUUGGAGGAGCCCUUGGAUAAUCUCUGUUAUUAUGUUGGUUAUGAAACUUGUUCUGAAGCUUGGGCUCUCUGCUCUAGGGCCUCCUUGGCUGGAGGUCCAAAGAGCAGUCCAGAAACUCGGAGCAAACUGUAGUUCUGCAUGAUUCAUGCAGUACUGAACCCUCUACCAACCACACAUGAUGCUCUGCUUUUCCAGAUUGAGCUUCCUUCUGGAUUUAAACUGCGUUCCAAAUUAUUAUGCAAAUGAUAUCUUUCUCUGAUUUUCCCAAUUAGUCGAUGCAAAUGACAGUCAGUAUAAUUUUCAAGUCACCAACCGUUAGGGUAUAAUUUGAAUUUUAUUGAACAAACCUCCCAAUUAUAACAGUAUUUAUUUCAAAAACAAAAAACUCAAAAUGCAAUGUUCCAAAUUAUUAUGCACAACAGAGUUUGAAAACAUUUUAUAACUGAAAAUGGUCAUUUGUUGAAUUUGCAGCAUUAGGAGGUCAUAUUUACUGAAAUCAAAAGCUAUUUCAAUCAAAAACACCCUAACAGGGCAAGUUACAUGUUAACAUAGGACCUCUUCUUUGAUAUCACCUUCACAAUACUUGCAUCCAUUGAACUUGUGAGUUUUUGGACAGUUUCUGCUUGAAUUUCUUUGCAGGAUGUCAGAAUAGCCUCCCAGAGCUGCUGUUUUGAUGCUAACUGCCUCCCACCCUCAUAAAUCUUUUGCUUGAGGAUGCUCCAAAGGUUCUCAAUAGGGUUGAGGUCAGGGGAGGAUGGUGGCCACACCAUGAGUUUCUCUCCUUUUAUGCCCAUAGCAGCCAAUGCUACAGAGGUGUUCUUUGCAGCAUGAGAUGGUGCAUUGUCAUGCAUGAAGAUGAUUUUGCUACGGAACACACGGUUCUUCUUUUUGUACCAUGUUAGAAAGUGGUCAGUCAGAAACUCUAUAUACCUUGCCGAGGUCAUUUUCACACCUUCAGGGACCCUAAAGGGGCCUACCAGCUCUUUCCCCAUGAUUCCGGCCCAAAACAUGACUCUGCCACCUCCUUGCUGAAGUCGCAGCUUUGUUGGGACAUGGUGGCCAUCCACCAACCAUCCACUACUCCAUCCAUCUGGACCAUCCAGGGUUGCACGGCACUCAUCAGUAAACAAGACUGUUUGAAAAUUAGUCUUCAUGUAUGUCUGGGCCCACUGCAAGCGUUUCUGCUUGUGAGCAUUGGUUAGGGGUGGCCGAAUAGUAGGUUUAUGCACAACUGCAAGCCUCUUGCAGGAUCCUACACCUUGAGGUUCGUGGGACUCCAGAGGCACCAGCAGCUUCAAAUAUCUGUUUGCUGCUUUGUAAUGGCAUUUCAGCAGCUGCUCUCUUAUCCGAUGAAUUUGUCUGGCAGAAACCUUCCCAUUCUGCCUUUAUGUGCACAAACCUGUCUGUGCUCUGAAUCAGCCACAAAUCUCUUCACAGUAUGAUGAUCAUGCUUAAGUUUUCAUGAAAUAUCUAAUGUUUUCAUACCUUGUCCAAGGCAUUGCACUAUGUGAUGCUUUUCGGCAGCAGAGAGAUCCUUUUUCUUUCCCAUAUUGCUUGAAACCUGUGGCCUGCUUAAUAAUGUGGAACAUCCUUCAUAAGUAGUUUUCCUUUAAUUGGACUCACCUGGCAAACUAAUUAUCACAGGUGUCUGAGAUUGAUUUCAGUGAUCCAAAGAGCACUGAGACAUGAUACCAUCCAUUACUUUAAUUGAAAAACAAAAAAUUAAAUGUUUGAAACUUAAAUCCAAUUUGCAUAAAAAUUUGGAACACAGUGUAGUGAUGGACAUGAUCUACUUCUGCUUCUCAGUCCUCAUGCUGUCAGGUGGGCAAUUAGGGCUAGUUGUUCUCAGCAGUGAUGGAAUGAAUACUACACCACAAAGAGAAGAGAAAACUAAGAGACAUCUGGAGUCUAUCAGGGCGAGUAGAGAAAAGAGAACCUCAGUGAUGUUUACAUUGGGUACAGGAAGUAUUACAUCAUUGCUAUCAUAUGACUUUGUGAAAAAAGUCUCGGCAUAUCCACACAAAACUAUAUCCAGGUGUUAAUCACUGGUCCUGGUGGUUAAAAGCAGUGACAUGGAACAAACACCAACCACCACCAAGUGCUCAUAAUGAAGACAACAGAAAAAAUAAAAACGAUAAGAGACAUGGCUACAUCUGAUUAAAUUUGUGCAGUUAUAAUCAGUUCAUCUGUGGGUUUAUCAAAGCUAUUCAAUUUAUUCCCUUCACUUUAAAACGGUUUUUUUUUCUAUUUUAAUGAAUUAAUUCUUAAUUAUUAUUGAACAUCUAUCCAAUAUGGCGGCGGGGCAGUAGCAUGCAGCCGCUACUCAGAUUGUUAAUUAAGAUUAUUAAUUUUUAUUUUUAAAAAGACAUUAUAUCACUAAAGGGGAGUAUGUGCUGAAAUCCAGGGUCUCCCAGAUGAGGAUGGGUUCAGUUUUCAGUCUGGUUCCUCUCCAGGUUUCUUCCUCAGAUCAUCUCAGGGAGUUCUUCUUCACCAUCAUCACCUCUAAAAUGUAGGAGUUUAAAUUGAUAUUCAUGCCUAACGUACAAGCCAAUGAUAUUACAAUAAAAUGAAACUGAAGUGAAUUGAAGCGGCUUGGCUAGCUGCUGUAUUUUUCAUUUCUGUUGGAAAGCUCCACUAUCAGCACAGAGAUAUGAAGCGAGAGAGGCUGAAGUCUGCUGGAGGGACAGUGUACUGCAGUCUGAGAAAAAGAAAGGAGAGCAGGAUUUAAGAUGAAAUGCAGUUUUCCCUCUGAUCAUGCCAUUUUUAUCAUUUAGAUCAACAAUCUAACAAUAUUAUUAAAUAGGAAGCUUCUGCACUGACAGUUCCAUCGUGAUUUUAUUAUUAAUUGUUGUCGAGUUCUGUUGAGAUUUAUUUUGAUGUGAAUAAAAUAUAGCUGUACAUGUUCUCUAU